AUGUCUCCCUAUCUUGUAGUGCCCGAUAAGCUGGCUGACGAUCUCGAUAUGGACUGUCCAGCCUCUGGACCAUUGACUAUAUGGAUGGCCUCCUCCGAGGUGGAUCAGAAAGCCUUGGGCACUUUCGCGGCCGCCAUGGCCCUCGAAAACCCUUUAUUAUCGUCAAUGCUUUAUAAAAUCCUCGGAUUAUCGGUGAUGCUGUCCAAGAAACUACUCCGGGCCCGCCGACAACGCCGCCUAGACAUUACGCGCGAGACCAAGUCUCUGCAACUUUACCACCAUAUAAUAUGGCUUUCGCGCGAAGGGUUAUUCAUAUUAGAGGGCUACGUAUUACCGAUGGUAGCCAAGUCGAUCGAGUUGAAGGUCCUCGCGUAUAAGCUGCGUGCCUCAUUUUACCAUAUCUUCGUGCUCUUCCACCAAAGACCGGCCCUACAACCCGCGCCGACCGACGUGCCCGCCAACCUCAAGCACGAAUCAAUGUAUGACCCCCGAUCCAACACCUGGUCUUCCUCCCGGUCUUCCCGUCCAACCCGUCCAACCGGCAUCCUCUUUCCUUCUCCCCCGCUGGAUUACACGGCCACCGCAACCGCCUGUUUCAACCACGCCGCUAUCCUCGCCGAUAAACUCUUACCAGGCUCGCACCCACUCCGACUAUCGGUCAAGCUCGAGUACGCCGCCUACCUUUACGACUGUCUCCAGGACCCAAUUGCCUGUCGCCGUGUUGCCAAGCAUGCGAUUGCCGACGUCUACAAUGCCCAAGAGGGCAUGGACGACGAGAGCUUCGAGGAUGCGGCGGAGAUCGUUGGUGUACUCGGAAAGAUGGUCAAGCGUGGCGGCAAGCCGGGCAGCAGUACUGCGGGGAGCACGGUCUCUCGUGGGGACCGAUCUUAUAGUCAGAGCAGCCGUUCACCCUCUCACCUCGAUACCAGCGUCCCUACAACCGUGUCCCCGGUUCCGGUCACCAAGUCCACGCCUACAGUGGCUUCGAGCGCGGCUCUCGAGCCUGCGGUGCCGAACGCAAGCAUGAUGAAUCCGAUUUGA